AUGCAAGUCGAAGUCAAUCCCAACGAAGACACCGAGUGGAAUGACAUUCUUCGUCAACAUGGCAUCAUCCCCGAGAAGCCAAAAGACCCCGAGCCCUUGAUUCAGGAAGCUCUGAUCGAGGCAGAGCGGAAGGCGCACGAGAACCGUCUGGAGGACAAGGACCUGGAUGAAUUGGAUGCAUUAGAGGAUGAGGAAGAUGAGGACUUUCUCCAAAAAUAUCGUCAGAAACGCCUCGCCGAACUGUCCACCCUCCAACAGACCAGUCUUUACAACCAAGUCUACCCGCUCCAAAAAGUCGAUUACGCUCGCGAAGUGACCGAAGCCUCAAAAACCGCCUUUGUGCUGGUCAACCUCACUUCACAAGGUGCCAAUGUGGAGUCCCGUGUGCUGACCGAGCUCUGGCGACAACUGGCAACCAAGUAUGGCGACAUCAAGUUCUGCGAGAUCCGUGCCGAUAUGUGUAUCGAAGGGUACCCGGAGCGGAACACACCCACAAUCCUUAUUUAUAAGGACACUGAGAUCCGGAAGCAGCUCAUCACGCUACGAGAGUUGAACGGCCCAAGGACCAAGAUUGAAGAUCUUGAACGACUGCUCAUUGAAAUCGGUGCCCUAAAGGAAAGCGAUGUCCGUCUUAAAAACCGCUCUGAUUCGGUGGAUGACUACCGUAAGGCUGGCGGCGACGAGCUCAACAUUGAGGACUACGAUGACGACUGGGAUUAA